ACUCCGUUUGCUGAGGGGCAGGAGCAGAGAGAGACUGGAGCAUCCCUGCAUCCCGUCUCUGAAUCCCAUCCCUGCCUGGGCUCAGGGUCAAAAUCCAGAAACCGAGUGGAGCUUUGGGAUCCCCCCCAGCUGCAGCACCAGAGCCCCCCUCCUCCCGGGAGGAUCAAAGCCACCAGAGGUGCCAUUUCGGGGCUGGGGGGGGGGGGGUGAUGGUGCCCCUGGGCAGCCCCUCUCUCGCUGUCUGUGCCUCCAGCAACCUGCGCUUGGUGACCCCCGGCCGCGGAUCCCCCCUGGCCUGGCUGAACCGGGGUCCCGAGUGCCGGGGGGGCAGCGGGGGUCGGGUACCCAGCGCCGUGGAGCGGCUGGAGGCAGAUAAAGCCAAGUACGUGAAGUCGCAGCAGGUGAUCAACAGCCGGCAGGAGCCGGCGCUGCGGGGCUGCUCGCCCCGGCUCUCCCCCCGCGGCCGGCGCCUCCUGGCCCGUCAGCAGUGCAACGAGUUGUGUCAGGGCUCGGAGCCCAGGAAGCUGCCGUGUCCUCAGUCCCCCGUGUCCCGCCGGGCGGGUGGCAGGCGCCUGCUGAGACCCGACUCCCUCAUCAUCUACCGGCAGAAACGGGACUGCUCGGGAGGAGACAAGGAGAACGCCAAGAGCUCCGGGCUGGUGCGACGGCUCUUCCAGGGAUCCCUCAGAGACACACCCCCCAGCUCCCCUCCGGCCAGGGGGCUGGAUGAGGGGCCACCAGCUCCCCAGAGCCCCGAGACCCCCAUGCUGUGGGUGCCUGCGGGGAAGGAGGAGGAGAGGACGCCGGGUGCCAGCAGCGGUGGCGGCAGCGGUGACAUCUUCCCUGUGCCCGGUAGCCCCGUGGCCCAGCCCCCCCAGCCCCCCAGCAAGCAGGCGCUGGCCCUGCGCGUGUCCCUGCCGCUCUCGGAGCAGGAGAGGUUCUUUAACUAUUGCGGGUUGGACCGGGGGCUGGUGGAGCUGCUGGGGCAGGAGCGGUUCGGGCCGGCGGGCUGGGACAACGGCUCGGGUCGGCUCCACGGAUCCUGCGAGUCGGAGGCCGGGAGAGCCUCGGGGGGCAGCGAGGGGGGCGAGGGGCCGAGCGAGGAGGAGCCGGACACCCGGCUGAGCUCUGGUGUCUCGGUGGUGGAACGCAACGCCCGUGUCAUCAAGUGGCUCUACGGCUGCCAGAGAGCCUGGGCGGCUGCCAAGGAGUCCACCGUGUGAGCAGGAACAGCCCGGGUGGGGACAGGGACAUCCGUGUGGGUCCCGCCUGCUGGAUGUGUCCCUCACUGGACACUGUCAAUGGGCUGGUGGCAUUGCUGGUCCUGGUGGCACCGCUGAUCCUGGUGCCAUGGGUCUGCUGGGGCUGGGAGGGCCACCAGGUCUACCCUGGCCCCCCCAGAGCCACCAGGUUUACCCUGGACCCAGGGCUGAGGGCUGGGUGGGGGGCACCCGAGGGGCAGAUGGGGAAGGGGCUCCCCUGGUGAGGCUCUCCCUGACCUGGCAGGCUGCUGUUCCCCUGCCACAGCGGCCUGGAGGGGUGGGGAGAGCAGCACCCACCCCACAACCCCCUUCUCCCCAGAAAAAAGGGGAUACUGGGGCCAGAGCAGCUCUCAAUAAACCGAUUUGUUUGUUUUUUUUUUUU